UUAAAUGUCUAUAUUCUACAAUAAUAUCACCUGAAACCAUCUAUCUAUAUUAAUAUAUAAAAAAAAAAAAAAACUAAUCUAUUUUUUUUUUUAAUUUACAUUAAAUAUGAAUAUUAAUUAAUAAAACAUCGUCUGCUGCGAACGUCGUACAUGGAAGGAAAAAUAAAAUUUUAAAACGCACUUUACCCGGAGGUGAUUCUGAGAGAUUGUGAAACGAUUAGGACGAAUAAAAAUUUAUAAAAAAUGGCUCGUCCUUGCAAUUACAAUCCUCUCUAUUGUUUUUUGUCCCGUCAAAUUGAUGACCGUUUUAACUAUUGCAAACAACUUAUCAACGCAAGAUUUUCAAACUCGGAGAAUUUGUAUCGAAAAGAUUUAAUGUCGCAUUAUGGUUGUGUCAACGCAAUUGAAUUCUCCAAAGAAGGUCAUCUUCUUGUCUCAGGUGGAGAUGACAGAAGAGUUCUUUUAUGGAAAGUUGAUCAAGCAUUACAAGGUUUGGAUAAACCUAAGGCUAUGAAAGCGCAACAUAAUAGUAAUAUUUUUUGCCUUGGAUACGAUAGUAGCAACAGUAAAAUAUUCUCAGGUGGCAAUGACGAUCAAGUUAUUGUCCAUGAUCUGACAACUGGAGAUCCAUUGGAAUUUUUCCUUCAUGAAAAGCCAGUCUAUGGAUUGUCAGUUCAUCCAGACGAUGAUAAUAUAUUUUCUAGUGCCUGCGACGACGGAAGAGUCUUAGUGUAUGAUAUAAGAAAUCACAGUAGCUCUGAAUCACUAUGUUUGGCGCAAUACAAAACUCCCUUUCAUUCUGUGAUGUUCAACCCUGUGGAACCGAGACAACUCGCCACUGCUAAUGCUGAGGAAGGAGUCAGCAUGUGGGAUAUACGAAAACCACUAAAAUCUUUGCUACGGUAUGGAGCUGAAGGCCCAUCUCAAAGCUGCAUGAAUGUUCGGUUUAAUUCAGCUGGUACCCGAUUGUUAGCAUUAAAACGUCGUUUACCACCUGUUUUGUAUGCUGUUGAUUCGCCGAAACUCUUGUGUCAUUUUGAUCAGCCGGGUUAUUAUAAUAGCUGCACAAUGAAGUCUUGUUGCUUUGCCGGAGACGAUGAAUCAUACAUUCUCUCAGGUUCCGAUGACUUCAAUCUCUACAUGUGGAAAAUUCCUAAAGACGAUAGUAAUUGGGUUAAAUCAGCUCAUAUGAUUUUACGUGGGCAUCGCUCAAUCGUAAAUCAUGUAAGAUACAAUUCAAGACAUAGCAUACUGGCUUCGUCAGGUGUUGAAAAGAUUAUCAAAGUUUGGAGCCCAUUUAGUCUUGGAAAUGGAUGUUUGGGAAGUUUAACUAAAUUUGAUGGAAAAUUAGAGAGACAACGUAAAGUAUACACACACAAUGAGUAUAAAAAAUUGAUACUUCGAAGCGGUCAAUUUAUGACCCACGAUUACAGCCAUCAGUCAACAAGGGAAGAUCCGCGAAUGAUGGCUUUCUUCGACUCACUAGUACAGCGUGAGAUUGAAGGAUGGAGUUCAGAUGCAGCGUCUGGUCAGCGCGAUCCGGAUGACUCUGAAGAUGUAACAAUUGUUCCUCCUGAGUACAGUUCAACGGAUUCUGAUGAUUCAACUGCGUCUGACACGCAAUUAAUGAGAAGCGUACUAGGAGCUAAAAAAGAAACACGACACAAAUUUCCUGGAGGAGUUGCGCCCGAGAGACCAUUUGAAUCUCCCAAUCGUAUAACUCGUUUAAUCGGCAGCUGUCGUGACAAAUUGAUGAAACUAGCAGCGUUAGAAAACGGUUCAACAUUAAAGCCUUCGAGUGCGUUAACAGGAGCCGACGAUUCUGACUCAGAUCAAACGGUGCGAGAAAACAAAGGAAAGUAUACGAGUAGAUGUAAAUUAAAAUCCAAAUCACGUGUCAAAAGUACGAAACAAAAACAGAUACGAAUGUCAACCAGAAAUAAAGUACGAAGAAAAUGUACUGUUUUGAGAAUAGUUAGUGAUGCUGAAAGUGAUAUAGAGUGUGUUCCCAAAAGUAAAAGUCGUUCUAAGGAACUAGGAAGUAAUUCUAGUAGUAAUAAUAAUAAUAAUAAUGUUAAUAAUCAUCAUCACAAUAACAACAAUAAUAAUUUAGCUGUUGAUACAGCACAACCAAGUACAAGUGCUGGGAUAAGUUCACGUAGUUCACGUUACUCUGCCAAGACAAUAGCAGUUGACAGUGAUUUUAAUGAAUCUAAUCACUCUAGUGCCAGUUCUGAUGAUACUGAGGAUAUUCCGAAAAAACGUCGCUGUUUAAAAGUCGACAACGAGAAAGCUACUAGCAAAGGAUACAGACGAAAACCCGAAAGGUGUAAACAAUCAAAAUCGAGUCGUGAUAAAAUUAAAAAUAAUCAUAGUAGUAGUAAUAAUAAUAAUAAUCACAUUAAUAAUAUUAAUAUCAAUGAUUCAAGUAUAAAUAAUAAUAAUAAUAAUAAUAAUAAUAAUAGUAGUAGUAGUAGUAUUAAUAUUAGUGAUAUGCAAAAUGAAGAGUUAACAACUCCUGUAAAAGUUAAUCGUAAAAUGCCACCUCCAACACCUGAUAGCGGUAUAGCUUCAUCAGGCAGUGGAUCAACGGUAGAAAAAUGUGAUUCAACUCCAGAAACUUCAUUUAAUGGAGUCGAAAAUUCAGAUCAUGAGAGAAUUUUUACACGUCUUGAAUGUCUUAAGAAAAAAAUCGAUGCUGCCCGAAAAGGGUACCGUAAAAGAUCAGCAAACUAAUUUAUAAAUCGUAAAAUAUAUCUUCCGAUCGUCGUCUUAUAAAUUAAAAGUAAAAAACAAAAAUAAUACAAAUUAUAUAAAACACUGAAGUAAUCGAAGUAACAAAAAACAAAAUUAUGUGAGCAUAUUUGUCAAUCUUCUUCCCUUUUUAUACACAAAAUAGGGAUGUGCAAGUGCCCGAGAAUAUUUUUAUAAUAGGUUUCAACAGUAAAUUGUCCCAAGUAUUUUUAUUUAAAUACAAACAGAUAUUUUAAAAUCAUCUCUUGAAAAUUUUAAUUAUCAUCGUUAUAUUUUGUCUGUCAUUAAAGCUAUUAAUAUAUCAUCAAGUCAUAAUAUUAAAUUAUUAUUAAAGUUUAAUUAUAAUUAUUAUAUUUUUUUUUAAAUAUUAAUAUAUUCAACAUUUUUUCUUUUGAUAUUCUUUACGCUGAUUCAUUAUACAGUCAAUUUAAAUAAACGAUUGAUUGUGCAUAGUUAAUGAAUAUAUGUUUAACGUGAGUCAUUUUAAACUAUGAGCUGGUUUGAGUUUAUUGAAAAUAUCUCACGUUUUACA